AUGGCUGUAAGUAACGAUACUGGCACGUCAGCGGCAAUGGUCCUGGUGAUCAUGAUCUUGCACACGUCUCCUGCAUUGCGGCCGAUUAUGGUAAGCCAGACAGACACGAACCACAAAUAUUACGUUGUACCUGCACUAGAGAUCGCGCAGUGGGCGCAAACGUACGAAGAUGACCCAUCGCCCGAAAUUGCGAAAAUUGAGAAGGAUGACGGUAGAGCAAAAGUAAGCCUCGAUGGGCUCUUUCGGACACAGCGCGUGACGAGCUUGAUAAAAUCAGCUGAAUUUUGGACUCAGGUUGCAGCUCGCAUGUGA